AUGACUCUCUCGACUCUCACCCUAAAACUCCCUAGGAGAGGGGUGACAGAUGAUAUGCCGGCUCCUUCACCCGGCACAAAAAAUAACAUAAAACACCAAAAAAAGGAUGGGGAUGCAUUGGUUUCUUGUAGUGAGGUAGCUCUAGUAGGGACAUUUAAUGUCCGAACUGCUAGAGAAGGUUACAAGCGCCUUGAACUCGUGAGUCAGUUUCUGGAGAGUGGCAUGGAGAUCCUUGGGAUCCAAGAACAUAGGAUUGUCCACCAGGAGCCGAUCAAGAUCGAAAAGUUCAAGGAGGGGGUUAGCUUGGUAAAUGUUUCAGCAUGGAGGAAUGGAGCAGGAGCAGCCACUGGUGGAGUGGGAUUUCUGCUGACUAGAAGAGCAUACAGCGCAAUCAGCCUCAUUAAACCCUAUGGCUCAAGGGUGCUGACUAUCUCUUUCAACGGGAAUCCCAGACUCACAACUAUAACUGCUUAUAGUCCUACCGAGGCAGCAUUAGUUGAAGAAGCGGAGGAUUUCCAUAACACCCUUAGACAGGCUAUGAACGAUGUGCCAGCGCACCACCUGCUGAUCACAGAGGGAGAUAUGAACGCCCGGCUUGGAAAGGAGAGUGAAGAAGAUUCCCGUUGGUACUUUCAUACUCGUACCAAUCGGAAUGGAGAGCUACUGAGAGACACUGCCCUGGAGUGUGAUAUGGAAAUUACCAAUAUCCGCUUCAGAAAGAAGGUCAACAAUAGGUGGACCUUCUUAUCCGAUGGGACACUUAACAAAGGUCAGAUUGACUAUAUCCUCAUACGGCGGAAGUGGAAAAACUCAUUAAAGAACACUGAAGUUUACAACACUUUUCAGUCGUUGGGAUCUGAUCACAGAGUUGUAGUGUGUAAGAUCAAAGUUAGCUUUAUAGGAAAGGACACAGGCCUCCGAAAAAGUUAA